CUUCUAGGGGAGUAUAUAGUGGAUUUAUACACGUCGGCAGCGAUGGAUCCAACGCCGGGAGGAGCAGCCUUUGAGCGGUUGUAGCGCCGGAUGGAUCGCUUCUCUACACGUGAAGCUUUCAAAAGUGGAACUGUACAGGUUCAUAAAAACGUAUUUUUCACGAAUUUGUGACCUGCACGAAUGAAUUCAUUUCAGGCCUCCAUUACUGGUUUAUUUUGACACGGUGAUCGCCUCCACUUUAAUGUACACUCAAUCGAGACAUCUAUAUCUUUAUAUAUUUCGAUCGUGUGUUUUUUUGCAGUUUUAAAUGCCGCUUUCAGGUUGAAUUGAACUCUUUUGUAUUCAUUAUUUGUCCAGGUGAAAAAUGAUUGUCCGCUUUAUAAAAAGGGGGUUGGUGUGAGAGGGAGGGGGUAAGAUUUCGAUUUAGAGACGGUCACUUUUCUCCAAACAAAGGACUUAGAUAUCUCCAUCAUUUUGCCUGUGUGUGUGUGUGUGUGUGUGUGUGUGUGUGUGUGCACCUUCAGUCCCACUGAUAACCCCAUAGACAGUGUCCUUUUUAAUACAAAGAACACAUAUUUUUCUUCACAUUUUAUGCGUCUGUGUCGGAUUAUAUAAGAUCUUGGACGCGUGCUAAAAGUUUCUCUGUAAAACGUGUUACAUAAUGCUGGGAAAUGUUGGGAUUUCCGAGCGCCCUCGCUUUGCGCAGUGCAGGUUCAAGUUUCAUUGUGUUCAUUGAGUCUAUUCGUGGCAAUGAGAAAGUGGUCUGCAUGUCGGCGCUAUACAGACGUGUAUUAGAGUGUAAGGGGGGAGGGUGGGGGGCAAGGCUAUAAAAGUCAGCUAGUAGGAGCUCGUGACGGUUGAGGAGAUGACUCCCCCUGCAGCAUACCUGGCCGUUCAUGCCAGGCAAAGGGCGCACUGGGUGCUGAGGGAUGAGGGGGGACACAAUGGAAGCACAGAGCCAGCCCGUGCUGGGCUGUCUUGCUCUCAUCAAGCAAAGGUCUCCGUGAGAUUUAGUAGGCCCGUGUAACCUGAAUUAGUUGAUGCAUUUUUAAUCGAUCCUAAACAAGCGAGAUUUUUCUGACGCAGUGCUGGGUGGCGGCGAAGCACCCACGCCCCCCCCCCCCUCCGCUUUAUUAGCGAUUUAAAAGAAGAAGAAGAACGUCUACAAACACACACACAUACAUUUUACUCCAAGGGUAGUGCAGGCAACACGUUAUAUCCCCCCGAGCACUUUCCGCGGCUUCUUUCUUCUCUCCUUUUGGAGUCCCAGCCGGACGCGUAACAGGGGGAAUGGGUUCAUGACUUGUCAUCUGUACUGUACUCUUAUUGGGCGUAGAGACGCACGCGCUUCUGUGUGGUUUCCAGCUCGAGCAAGAAUGUGUUUUCGGCACGUCGGACGCGCUUCUGUGGUUGUUGUGAUCCUCUAGUUGCUUUAGAGCGGCAUGCGCGCUGACAUGUGGUGGAGGGGAGCGCGGGGGGGGGGCGCAGAGGGGACGAUGUCAGGGAGGCUAUGAAUGCCCGCAAACGUAGGCCAUAUGAUGAUGCGCGUGCAGAGUCCGUGUAUAUGCUUAAUCCCAUUUCCUUAUCCGGGGUUCAUCCUUGAGGCGCACCAUUGGCCGGCCACUCUCACGUGGUUUACUAACUUUGUUCACUUGACAGAAAAGUAGGAGGGUUCAACGGAACAUGAAUAACCGAAGAGAAAAGGGAUGAGAUAUAAAUUGUAGUUAUAUAUUUUCCGAGUAGGUGCAAUUCCACAAAAAUACUGACAUUAAUUGCCAUGAGCUCCUAUUUGAUCAACUCCAACUAUGUGGACCCGAAGUUUCCCCCGUGCGAGGAGUAUUCACAGAGCGACUAUCUGCCCAGCCACUCUCCGGACUACUACAGCUCCCAAAGGCAGGAGGCUGCCGCCGCCUUUCAACCGGACUCCCUCUACCACCACCAGCACCACCCGCGGCACCAGAACCACCCCCAGCAGCACGGAGAACCACCGUACACGCCGUGCCAGCGUCCGGGGCAGCCCGCUUCGGUGGUGAUGUCCCCGCGGGGUCACGUCCUCCCCGCGGCCGGGCUGCAGACGUCCGCCGUCCCCGAGCUGAACCACCGCUGCAACUCGGUGACGCCCAGCCCGCCGCCGCCCGCCGCCACUAUCGGCCAAACGCCCCACGGCCACGACACGUCGUCCCCGACGAGCGCCAAGAACCCCGUCGUCUAUCCGUGGAUGAAAAAAGUCCAUGUAAACAUCGUAAACUCGAACUUCACAGGCGGUGAGCCGAAGCGCUCGCGGACGGCCUACACGCGCCAGCAGGUCCUGGAGCUCGAGAAGGAGUUCCACUACAACCGGUACCUGACGCGCAGGCGCAGGGUGGAGAUCGCCCACACGCUUUGCCUGUCGGAGCGGCAGAUCAAGAUCUGGUUCCAGAACCGCCGGAUGAAAUGGAAGAAGGAUCACAAGCUGCCCAACACCAAGGUCCGCUCCGGGACCAACAACAACAAUACAAACUCCCAGGCUCUGACCGGCUCGCAGAACCGCGUCGGGCCCCUAUAGCCCGUUUCGCAGUCUCUCUCACUCUUAUGGUUUGCCCUCUCCGUGCUCCCAAAAUGAAGGCCGAAGAGGCCGUCGCGCUUGGCACCGGAGCCCGCACUUUGGAACGGAAUAACUCUGGAAGGAUGGAGGGGUGGUGUGUUUGUGUGUGUGUGUGUGAGCGAGAGUGUGUGUGUUUGUGGGGGCGGGGGUGUUACUGCCGCUUGUUCGGCCUUGAUUUUUGGCAAGGUAACACUCUUAUCAUAUGACGGUACCCAUUUAUGAGAACACUGAAAUUAACAAAAGAAGGCGAAGCAGGAGACUGAGUUCGCUUCCGUCCCCGUGGCCUCUCCGCCCCCCCUGCUUUUUAUAUGUCUGUCUUUUGUACCCCCCACCCCCUCUCUCUCCGCGGUGGCACAAAAGACGGUGUAGGCUGAGGAUAACGUGUUCGCGUGCGUCUAUUGGUGGGGGGAGGGAGUGGGGCAAAGAUAGACCCACGUUCCAUCUUGAUUCAUGCCGAGCUCGGGCCCCAUUUGUCAUGUUUACUCUGCAGGUACAAAGCAAAGGGGUGAACGUUGCUCUGCCCAUUACCCAACUCCCCUCCCUAAAACCCGCCUGUGUUUUGUUUGACGACAAAAUAUAGCUUUUUGGGAAAUUUCAAUGGUAGUUAUUUAAUUUGUUAAAUUCAGUGUUGAUUGUAAAACGGUACUCUGUGCGUUUUAAUUAUUUUAUAUCGUUUUGAAUGACAAGAAGCGUUUGCGUUGUCCGGUGAUUGUUCGUUUCGUGAUGUUACAGGGAGACAGACUGACAGGGAGAAUCCAUCGAUACUAAGGAACGUACCGAGCAGGGUUUAUGAAGCUGCCUGAUCAUAAUGAUACUAAUACCCAAACCAAAGUCCUGGUACAAGCAGCGCGAGAACCCAUUAUAAACGCAGCACUAUGAUACAAUGUACUACCUAUUACCUCAGUUCUACUUAUAUAAAUAUAUAUUUUUUUUAUUUCUUUGGUCAUCUUAUUUCCUCUCACUCGUUCAAUGAAGUGACAGCUGUUUGAGCUUUUUAUAUUUUUGAAAAUGCGCGACACAUUCUUAUAAUAAUAAUAAUUAUUAUUAUGACUUGCAAUACAAGCCCUUUUCAAUUAUUAUAUGUUGAAUAUUCAAAAUACUUGAUGUAAUUUAAUUAUAUUCGAUUGUUCCAGUCGUGGACAUUGAAAAAAAUAUAUAGGAGCUUUUAGUUGUUGCAUGAAUGAUUUGUCUUUUUUCCCCCUUUCUAUUUAUGCACGGGCACUUCCUCGAUCGUCCUCGCUUCUCCUCCUCCCUCUGUUCGGUCAGCUUGUUUUUACACAUAUAAUUCUGCAAGUUUUGUGGUUUUUCUUCUUUAAUUGAUGCUAUUUUAUUUACAUUCCAAAGAUCACGUUUCUUUAGUUAUUGAUGGUGAGAAUUAUCGAGAUGAUGGUGUUGUUGAACAUGUGACCUCCUCCGGGGUGUAAGUUGCUUCUCGCUCUGCUUAUGCCUCCGUGUCUACCUUCCUAUUAUCUGUAAAUAGUUCAUAGAAAUUUAAAUAAACGACUUAAAAGGUAAA